AUGAAUCUGUGCGAGCAUGAUCGACCCAUCAAGGAUGAUCGACGCUAUGGCACCGAUAUGCAGACUGAUAUCUAUGAUUUGGCCGUGUCCAUAUCUCAAAUGGGUCUUGGCAUGCCAAGGUUUGUUCCACUGGAGCGUGGCGUCGGAUAUUAA